GUUUAUCCUUUAUUAUGUAAUUCAUCUAUUAUAAUAUUACUUAUGCUUAUAUCCAGAGCUUAUUCUAUAACACGACCACAACCCGAAUAUGGUAUAGCUAUUAGUCUACUUAGUGCAAAGGAUAUUCAACAACUGGAAUCUUGUCAAAACACUUGCAUAAGACGGAUAUUUGGUGGCUCUAGUCGAUCAUCAGUACAGGUGAUGCUUCAUAUGGUAAACCAACCAUUAAUGAAGGUUAGGGUGUCCAUUCUGCAGGCUCAAUUCGUUUUCUGUGCUAUUGAUUUACCGGAUGAUACUUUGCUCCCUAAAUUACUUCCUGAGCUUCAAUCCUUCACCUUCAACACUCAAUGGUAUAAACUCAUUCAAACAUUAUACUGGAAACUCUGUGUUGCCAACUCCAUUCCGUUAGACCAACGUUCCUUUCCAAAACAUCGUCAAGAAUUUCUUGAAGAGAGUUUUCAACAACUACGUAACGAGACACAUUCUGUUUUGCUUUCCGCUUGCCGCCCUAAUCUGAUUAUUGAUCCGAUACUCUGGUUACCCAUAACACACAGUAAGCGCAGUUGAACUAUUCGAUGGCGUCUUGGUUGGUUACCCGAAGGAAUACCUAAAGCCUACCCAUAUCAUCCUUAUAUACUCUUUAGUCGGCCACACGCCACUGAAUGCUUGCACAUGCACACUCGUUUAUUCUGGCCACAAUCAAUUGCAGAUCCCCUUUUCUUUUCUUUUAAAUCAUCUCCCUCAGCAUAAGUACCUAAAUUCUUAGGAUGUUCCUUCCUGGCUCUAUCGCUGACCAGUUAUGCGCACCAUUCUACA